GAGUUGCUAUUGAUUUUGCGUCGUGAAAAACGCGUAGUAACUAACUAAUUACUCGUAGAUAGCACUUUGUCCAAGAUUACCACUAUCUGAUUAGAAAGACUUUUUAAGGAAAGUUUUGUCUUUCUCAUCGACAAGUAUGAUCAGAGCUGCCAUACUGCACACAACACAUUUCGAUUUCAACAUGCGAGUAUUCAACUGCUUCUUUCAGGUUUUAUCUCUUGGACUUCUGUUGACUGCUGUUGUUGCCGAUGUCGCCAGAAAAUACGACAACAACGUCGAUGACGUCCGGCCAGCAAAAGCCCUUCUGAAUAAUAAAGGCGCACAUUUCGGAAGAGGCAUCCGACGUAUUCCGUCGCCAAAAGAAGCCUGCCCUGAAGAUUAUUCGCCUUGCACUUGCCAACAAACUCCAAGUGGAUUAGAAAUCAGCUGCGUCGACAUUCCAGUCGACCAAAUCGCCAACGUCUUUUACCGAACACAAACUCUUGAACUUUACCAAGUUGUACUGACGGCUUCAGGAUCGCCUUUGGGUACAGUCGAUUUGCCCGCCGAUUUAUUAAAAGAUAAGCGUGUCCAGCGUAUUUACCUUGGCUGUCCCCCCACCGCUAAUCCUAAACUUGGUCUUACCAUCGAUUCGGCUACUUUUGAAUUCACCAGAUUCACCACCACCGUAUUUGGCAUCCUCAAUUGCGAUCUAUCCACUCAAACAGACAUGCAAUAUUUGAAUGGUUUUUCUGUUCUCAACACGCUGCGCAUUGACGAUUCGAACAACAUCGAAGCCAUUGCAACUCUACCCACAACAACAUUGCCAUCCCUCAAGAAGUUGUUUGUUGUCAAUUGCACGGGAUUGGAGAAUGCCGCAUUCCCCGAUUUAACUCCGGCCAGACUAUUGCGAUUACACUUGGAAGGAAACGGUUUGACUGAUGCAGGUGUUAACAACAUCUUGGUCUCUGUUGGAAGUUCGUCUUCGUCCAGCUCGUUACAAGAGCUCGUUUUAUCAAACGAGUACGUGAUGACGAAAAUUCCAAGGAUUGCUUCUUUUUCCAAUUUGGUUUGGUACGAUGUCAGCUUUAACGCCAUCCCGUACGUGAGCCAAUCGACUUUGGUUUUCAGUUCCCCCGUCAAUUAUCUCAAUUUGAAAAGUAUUUCGCUGGGAGCCAUCGAAGGUGGUGCAUUUCUAGGGGAUUAUGGAAAAGCCCAAGUUAAUUUGGAAAACAAUAGCCUAACUGAGUUUAGAGAGGACGUCUUCAAAACGAUGCUGGAACAAAUGGCGGCUCAGAGGCCCGGUGAAGGUGGCAAAGUGAUCGUCACUGGAAAUCCAUUUGACUGCGGCUGCGGAUUGGCCUGGUUGAUCCGUGACAAUCCAUCAUUGGUGUCGCAUGUUUUGAAUGGGGUUUGCGGCGGCUUCUUCAAGUUUGAAGACCUUAACCCAGAGUCAUAUGCCGACUGUUAGAUUCCUGUCGAACGAUUCUCGUCCGAUGUGACACAGUGCAAUUCCUCUAAUGGUUCUAAUUGAUUUUAUGUCAGCUUCCAUUUGCUCCGUGGAAUUUGGUUAAUAAAUGUGAACGCCAAG